GGUCGACACAAAGACGACUUCUACAAAUAAUAGUAGUUGCUACUACUUAUGAAUAUAAUUUGAUUAGAAGUAACUCUAACCCCUGCAAGAGGACAAUGAAGAAGCUUUUCUCGAAGUUCGGAGGAUCCCCUCAGUCGCCAGCGAAGGUGCACCCAUCGCCAGGAGCUCCUAUGUCUCCAGUGGUUCCUGGGCCGAGUGAAUCGACUGGUGGCGCGUCUUCUUCUGCAAGCAAAGCACAAAACCAGGGAACGGAAUCUAUACCGCUUGCCGGAGGUGCGCCUACGUUCUCGAUUCCACUGGUAAAAAAUCCGGUGCAGAAUCGGCCGUCAGAGAGCGGAGUCAGGAGUGCGUUUCUUACGCCACAGUCCUCAGGGUCAGCGACGGGUUUGUCAGUGGCGCAAACUGGGGGCGCAAGUGGUAGUUCCGGCGCUGGAGGCCUUGCAGGAAGCGGCAGUGGCCUUGCCGGACCAGCAGGUGGAGGCUCUACAGGCCCACCUCCACAGCAAAUGUCGAGAUCCAGCAGUUUUUGCAGCAACGCUGGCGGCAACAGUAGGCGACAAAGCAUUGCCGAGACUCAGCAGAUGCUCCGAAAUGUCAUUCCGCAUGCUGGCGGAAGUAGCAAUCACCGCAUGGCCGGAAGGGGCAGUACUUCAGGUGCGAUGCCUCUACCAGGAGUAGUUAAGACUACCAAGAAUAGUUAUUAUACAUAGGACAUAAGUACUCAACUGUACUAUGUUGUAUAUCGACCAAUGCCUGUGGUGACAUGAAUUGUAAUUCUUGCGGCAUCAGCAUCAGCUCCCUGAUUUAUGAAAACCACUGCAAUGCGAGUCGCACCAUAGGUAGAAGGAGGUAGUGUCCGAUGUCCUCCAUUCCAUUUCCAAUACAGAAAUUGUUAGUUCUAACGUCGGGGGAGGCGGGGCGGCCAGCUCUGGCGUUGCUGGUGUUUGUCCAAGUCCCAGUCCAAGUAUGGGUCUGAAUGAAGUGAUGUCAAUGAAGAACAAGCUCGCGAUGAAAAAGCUCGAACAAGCACAGGCUGGAGGUGGUGACAGAGGUGGACCUACAGGCGCAGGCAAGGCCGCGAACAAAAAGCGACAAUUAUCGCACGGUAAUCUGCCUGGUCGCGGGUCAACCAGCACUGCGUCCACGGCCGGGAAUGCGGGUAUGAGCGCCACCAAGUCGCUCGCACUGAACUCACCCGGGAACUAUAGUAAUGACCAGGAUACUGGAAAGCAAACGAUAAUAAACAUGUCUCGCUCGGCGGGAAAUUUUCCUCGUCUCUCCGACUCAACAGUUCGGAACUUCUCGCCGGAUGGCGCAGUCGCUGGACCGACGCUGCUGGUGAACGACGAACCCGCUGACGCGGCAGCGAAAAGCUAUCAAGCGUCUGACACUGGCGAUGUCUUUAAUAUCAACAUUGUUGCCCCGUAAUGAUCAUCAAGAAUUUGCUCAUUGUGGUUAAUUCUGAAGAUGCUUGGAGCCGUAGCUAGAAGACCUAGGCCCUAAAAUGGUUUAUCACAACAGUAAUCGCGGUCUUCCACGACUUGUUUCUGUUUGUCUUUCUUAGGAUGAUAUUUCAUCAUUAGUUACCCAAAAACCAGGACGUCAUCUCGAAGUUCGAGUUCUGGUGCACUUAUGUCGUCUUCAGAAAGCGAAGAAGACGAGGAGAAGCAGCAUGAAGCGUUCCGGAUGGAAGACGAGAAGCGACGCAGUAUUACAGGCAUGUCUAAACUUAUGUUCAAAAGCUGCGUUCCAUCUCUUCGCCGAGCAUCAUUUCACCGAUCAUGCCUUUCUCUCAUGGAAGGCGCCGACGUGGUUAUGGAUGCUGGGUCGAGUUCGAUGGAUAUUAGCGGAGGCGCAUUCUAAUGGACGGUCUUCGAUGAACCUGUCGGCGACAGAGGCUAAAACCGUAGUUAUGAAGCACUCAUUUUCCACAAACUUCAAUUCAUUGAUCACUUAGCUUGCUUGUGUGUCCAGAUGAACUACAUGUUCAUGAUGAUGUAACUACAACAAAAGAUGUUGUCGAGAGCGGCAUGAUCAAUAUUAGUUAGCCUGCUCCUUGAUUCGCUUUUGAUAGGAAGUGCUGCACAAAAAUUUCUAAGGUUUAGACAGAACUGAAAACGACGAUAAAGACACAAACGUUACGCAUUCACGAGUUAGAAACUACAUCGAGGCGGGACAGUUUUCGUGCUGAUUCAGCAGAGGCGGAAGUUGAAAGGCUGCAAUUGGAGGAAAAAAGUACAACAUGAUGAAGCUUCAUCCUCAUCAGAUUUUUGAACCUCAAGUUCACGAUUUUAGGCUCAUGUUAAAUUUACUUAGUACCAUUAGUUACUUCAAUAUUUAUCGUCGUGGGUUGCUUUUUUGAUGGUCGUGACGAGUUCACCUCGGUUGACAAGUCGCAUCUUUUUGUUCCAACAGGAUCCAGGCAUUGUCAAUCAUAAAUAAUGCUAGUAGAAGUAUGCUGGACCCCGCAUGAUGACCGUACCACAGUGAUCAAAUUGUGACGAAUGUGAGGCGUCCCUGCAACUGCAGGAGCGCCAUCGCAAGUGUCGACUGAUAAAGGCGAAUCUGAAAGCGGGGUCUGUGACUUGUCCACUCAUGAAAUUCUCCAGCUAGAGUUUGCCCAAAAUUAUCUUGGCUUGUUAUCAUAUAUAUUGAGAAAAUGAGAAAGACGUAGCCGGGCUGUGAGAUGUUGUUGAUAGAGAAGUUUUAUUUAUUUUUUCUACUAGAGUAGACUUAAGCGCCCGGCAGCACUCAUCCCACUAGAAUCCUCCACCCUCUGCACGCACUUCCCCCGCCAUUGCGUGGCCCCGCUUGCCCGGCCCCUUACCUAUGAUGUUUGCCGGUGGAACGGCACAGGAAUCAGGCUCUUGGCGGCCUGCGGCUAUUGGAAAGGCAUGCCUGGAAAUGGUAGACCCGGUAGCUUGCUGGUUUUGUUCUGUUAGGUUUGACAUCUUGGCGGAAGGCUGAAGCGUUUGACUUUCAAGCUUUUAGUUUUAUAAAAUUCGCGCACCUCGAAGAAACUGAAAAACUUUGCGUCCAUUUUUUUUUUAAAUUCAUUUUGAUUUUUCCUCGAUAAAAUCAAAACUUUGCCAUUUUCGCGCUUUCAAGUUUGGGGCUUUAGUUUUUAGCUUCAUCGCACAAAGAGCGAACUCAAGCGCCCGGGUGGUUCGUUGUAGGUUUCAAGCUGAAGACUUGAAGCCGCAAGGGAGUGAGAAACUUUACGUCCAGUUUUUUUUUUAAAGUUUAGGCGUCUUCGAUAAAGUCGGAAGCUUUGCUACUUUCGUGCUUGGAGAUUUGGUGCAUCGACUUAAAAUUCUUCAAAAUCUUAAAGCUUUGAGCUUCAGCUUUAUCACCAAAAAUUUUGAAGAUUCAAAAUAUACUUAAGCGCCAGGGUGGCGCGUUGUGGGCUUCAGGCUGAAGACUUGAAGCCCCAAGGCAGUGAAAGCGCUGGCGCUAAUUUUUUUGAAAUUUAUCCACUUUCGAUAAAGUCAAAGUCUUUGCUUUUUUCGCGCUUUCAAAUUUGAGACUUUAGCAUUAAAGCUUUUCAAAGACCCAAAGUUUUGAACUUUAUCGCCAAGCAACAGACUAAAUCGAACAAGCGCCAGGGUGGCGCCUUGUAGGCUUCAGGCUGAAGGUUUGAAGCCUCAAGCAAGGCCAUCUGUUCUUAAAUUCAUAACUUCAGGGGCUCAUAGGCUUAAGCUCAGGAAGUUCGGGGAGUGCGGGAAGCUCGGGGAGUUUGGGAAGCUCGGGGCGUUAGGGAAGUUUGGGAGGUUUCGGAAGUUUCCGGAGUUUCGGAGGUUUGGGAAGUUUGGGAGUCUGAGAGCCUCUGAGGGUUUCGGGUUCGGAAGCGGGAGAGUUUGGGGGGGUCGUUGUUCUUUUUUAAUUUGGCUCUUUAACUUUUUUCUUCUCGGAAAAGCCAACGAAAGUUCAGCUUCACCCUCAUCGACUCCAGAAAAUUCAAAAACGUCAAGCACAAGAACUCGUUACAUCUUUCUGCAUUUACCUGCCUAUCACUUCCACAGUUCGCAAGAUGCAGAUUCAGAAACUGGAAGAAGAACUACGUAAGCAGAAGCUCGGACUGAAUCCUUAUUCCGACACUUCAUCUUCAUCCUCGGAUUCUGACGGAAGCAACGAUGCCAACGCUUUCACAAUAGUGCGCACCAACACGGAUGGCAAUGAGAAAGACUCACAAGUACUCUCCAGGUAAGCGAUUUCUUGAAUCUACGUACUAGCACUUAUAUAGAUAUAGCAAUCUAGUAGUUCAUAUCGAUCUUGUGCUUGUAAAUUUUAUGAAGUGCAUUUUAUUGGGGUUAGUUUCUAACAGUAACAACUUCUGGGGGGUACUACUCGUAAAUUUGAAAUCAUCAUCGUCAAGAACACGAAUUUCUUCCAUGAAAGAUCACAAUGCAGGUUGGAUCCCGCAAAGAUGCAGAAGACGAAAAAAGAAGAUUCUCGUAGAGGCUCUAACAUAGCGAAUGGCAAUGCGAAGCGAAAAACACCCAAGGCGGCAGCAGCAGGGGCAACAGCUGAUGGAGGUAUUCAAUAUGUAAAUAAGCCGGAUUUAAAAUUUUGCUCUUCCGCAACAGAUUGGACAUGAAAAGACGGUGCAACUGCAACAUGCAGCAGAUUGAUUCAACGUGAAAGAACUCUACUAGUACUCCUAUCGAUCCUGUUUCUUGUUUUCUAAUAGAUCGCGUUCGCAAGCUGGAGCGGGAGAUCGCGGGUGUCCGGAAGCACGGGGUGGAGAAGGAUCAUGAGAUAAUUCGACUGAAGAGUGAGGUUGAGGUGCUGAAAGGGAAAAUGAAGGCAACGCAGCAAACUCGAGUCCAAGUUGAGAAAAUGCGAAACGAACUAACGGAGCAACAGAAGAAGGCAGACGAUCGCGAAGCAAGGCUGAAGCAGCAGGUGCAACAUCUACAAACGCAGCUUCUUAAAUUCAAGAAAGUUCAGGGAGUGCUAGACUGGGUGAAAAACGAGCUCCUAGGUGGAGGUGCGGACCACAAGCAGCAAAGCAAUGAUCGAAACUCAUCGUCUUCAUCGGCUCUUGGUACUACAAAGUGUCACGACUGAUUACUCAUGAGGAAAGUUGAUGUAAGAGUGGAUACAAGGUUGGUUUCACGCACCCAGCUUCAGUAAUUCAACUUCAUAAGACGUGUUUUCACAGCGAUCCAAAUCAGACGAAAAUGAACCUUUUUGUCCUUGUGAUUAACAACAUCAGCUGCUGCCUUGGCUGUGCACGUGAAUGGAGCGCCAGCAGCGGAAUCUGGGGACGCCGCACGAGAUGCCAGAGUGUGCGACUAUCUGCGACAAGAGUUGCUUUCGGGCGACCUGGCAACGAGGCGAUCGAUAUCUGCGAUGCCUUCGCAGUGCAAUUCUCGGAUAAUGUCGCGGCAAGGGUCCCUGUCAAAGUUGAAUAAACGUACUAGUCGCAUGUCAGAAAAUGUCUCGAAGCAGGGCUCACGCAUUGCAAGUCGUUCGAACAGUAACGAUGAGUUGCUUCCCGGAGCCAGCGGUCUAGGAAGCGGAGGUCCAGCGGGAAGCACGAGAACAACGGGAAGCGCUGCAGGUGGCGCACCGACUAUCACAAUUUCUAGUCAUUCUAAUAAUAGCGGAGGUGCUGGAACGUCAAAUACCGCUGUUUGUAGUGCGACUAGUGGAGCACCUUCUUCAAAUGCACCAAGCUCUUCCGGUUCACGACAGCAAUCAAGCAAAGGACAAUCUGGAGUGGAUGAAUCAGGACAGGAGCCAACAACUACUAGCGUUACGGCUAAUGAGUGAUUUAUUGAUGUUGUACAACUCACCGAGGUUCGCAAUAAAACAACCGGUUCGUUUUUACCUCUAGAGACUUAGCCCUUCCAACAAUUGACGUUGUGCAACUCACUCCGAUUUUGAUGCUGAUAGGUAGUACAGCAUUUAUCUUCCUCUUCCUCGAUUGAACCUACCAGAGAAAGUAUCUGGUGUAUAUGCGGCCGCUUGAGUACUAAAUGUGCAACGUAUCACCAUUUCUAACAAUUGUUUGCAGUAUAACGCAGUAGUCGACGUCGGAAGCGAUAUGAAGGGACAGUCAGACGCGGUGUCGGAACGAAUCGUCACGGAAACCAAAAUUCUCGUCGAAAAAAUUUCGCGAAUGAGCGUUCACACAAUUUCUUCCGCGGCAGCAGCGAAAGCCAAUAAGUAA